UGACGUUUCUGUUUGUUACUUUACGUUUUGUUUAUUCUAACCUCAAAAGCAAAUAACUAAUAACAUGCAACUGUGCAGUAUGCACCCUCUUUAUUAUUUUUCAUUUUCCAUUGUAUAAUGAAACAUUUAAUUUGUAAAUAUUACAUUUCCAAAUAGAUAAUCUUUCAAUAAUGGGUAAUUGUUGUAGGCCUUUCAAAUUCAUUAGAAGAUAUUCUUCACGGAUACGAAACAGAAAAAUUGUGCUUUUGUUAGUUGGUUUGGAUAACGCUGGAAAGUCAUGUGCAGCCAAAGGUCUUAGUAAAGAGCCGGUUGAAGAUGUUGUUCCAACUGUAGGAUUUAACUCAGUGAAACUCAUUCACCGUGGACACCAAGUUAUCAUCUACGACCUGGGAGGAGGAAAACAGAUUCGCGACAUAUGGCAUAGAUACUUUGCUGAUGUGCAUGGUGUGAUAUUCGUAGUGGAUGCGAGUGAUCGUGGCAGACUGGAUGAAUGUAAAAAUGUUCUCACCGAACUACUGAAAAACGAAAAGUUGGCUGGAAAGCCGGUACUAAUGCUGGCAAACAAGCAGGAUAAAGAAGGAGCUCUAGAUGAGCUGGACAUCGUGGAGAGACUGAAUGUGGAGCAGCUGGUUAACUCGCAGCAAUGCCCCACCCUAGUCGAGACGUGCUCUGCUGCGGCUCCCCUCCCCACCAGAAGGAAAAGGAAAUUGGACUCUGGAAUCAACAAUGGCUACAAGUGGCUUUUAAGACGAAUAAUAUCCGAUUAUGACGAUCUCAAUGCCAGAGUAUUGAAAGAUCAAGAAGAACAGAAAGAAGCAUUGGCAUUAGAAAGAGAAGCAAGAAGAAUUCGGAUCAAGGAAGAGAGACGAAAAAGAGGUGACUUAUCGUCUUCUGAGGAAAGCAGUGAUCAUGAAAAUAAUCACAAUCCGGAUCCGUUUCAGCCCAUACACAUGCUGGUGGAGGAGAAUGACAGAAAAGAGAAACAAAAAUCAGUUACUCAGAAUGGUGGGCCAAAUCUGCAUAAAUCGGGAUUGAGUAAUGGCAAUAUCACUGGCAUAAUCGAUCUGGAGUCUCAUUCACACUCAUCCUCCAAUAGAAAUGAUGAAAAAACAGUCAGUGCUGUUGAAGGCGUUAAAGAACAAUUCAGGCAGAAAAGUGCAUCUCAAAAGAAGAAGAGAAACAUGUUUUCGAAGAACAACAAAACAGCACCUCUUGCCGAAUCCACGACGAUGCAAGAGAAGAAAAAUCCGACGGAAGAAAAUUUUUAUAAGCUCAAUGAAUUACCUCCCAUCAAGUCUAGUCAAGUAACUUGGGCUCAAAUAUCCAGUUCUGGAAAGGCUAAUGGAGCAGUGAAUCAUACUGAGACGUGUCUGUGGGAUCUUGGUAAGUCUUUGGAAGUGGUCAUGGCUCCCAACGGACUAGCCCAUCGUUCGGAAUCCCCUUCAAUCGACUCAGAUGCUAAUGAUGUUGUUGUUGCACACAUACGAUAAUAGGUUGAAUUGCCUGAAAAAAUCAAGUAAAACCAAAGUCAAUCCAAAAAGUGACCUUUCUAGUCAAGAUAUAUUCAUAUUGUUUAUUACACUUUUUACUGUGUAUUGCUGAUAGUUAAUUAGUAGGCUACAUAAAUAUAUCUUCAUUUUGAAUAAGAUAUAAAAGUUUUAUAUAUUUUUGUGAUGACAUUGUUAGCUUUUACAUGAAGUAUAUAAUUUUUCAAGACAAGUAUUAUAUUAUAAAAUAUUCUACGUUAUUAGUUUGCUAAAAUAUUUGCAUAACUUUAAAAGUAAUAUAUUUUGAAUAUCUUAUAUUUUUUGUUUGAGAUGUACCGUAUUAUUUAAACAUUUGACAUUUUGCAUACAAUAAAACUAUUUUGGAUCUCA